AUGGCCCUGCGCACGUAUGUUGUAGACGCCGAGGAUGCGGCAGCCGGCUUCGCUACCUUUCGUGCCCCUUUUCCUGAAUGUACAGCUGAGGUGACCGGUUUAAUAUCUGAUCUAUAUGCUAUCAGUUCCUCAUUGACUAGCCUGGAGGCAUUUUCGCAAGAUGUCCAGUACCGGCGCAAUUGGUCUCAUGUGCGGCCUGAUUUGGACUUGGUGCUAAAAAGCAUGAAUUAUACUAUCAAGGACAUCUUCGAUUAUUUUUACCGCCUUGACGAUGGCGGGAACACGCCUGAGAACUACAAGAUCGUAUGGCUGGCGAUGGGUAGAUUCUUCUGGGAUGAGUCGCAGUAUACGCUUUCAACCCGCCUAGCAAGAUACAAGAUUUUCCUCAGAGAACUGGGCGAUGUGGCGAAGGAUCGACCCCAUGAUGCGAGCCUCCUUGCAAGUGUUCGCGCCAGCUUGACCUCUCUCCUCAAAUUGCAGAACCGUCGCUUCAGUCCUGGUCGCGCAACAUUCCAGCCUGAACCGGAGAUUCCUCGAAUCCCUAGUCCCGUUUCUCGUCCCAUCUCUCGUCACGCAUCUCGUCCCAUCUCGCGUCCUCCAUCUCGAGGCAAUAUCGUGGAACCUCAGAGCCCGAUUAGCCCGAUCAGCGACCGCGAUCAACGCAGACGCCGGUCAUUUGAGCGGUCUCGACCAUUGAAUCUAUCCCCUCAGUCUCCUUUGUCGCCUUCUUCUGGCACUGGUACUUUCUCGGAUAGUAUUCCUCCUUCCGUCCCUGAGGCCCCACACUCGCCAUUGACAGGAUCAGCAUCUGCCACUACAACGAAUAGCCACUCUACUCAACACGAUACCUUAAAGUACCAUUGGGUCAGAGAUAUUUUCAGCAGUUAUGAUACGGAGACUGCGCUUCGAAACGCACCGGAAAAGGCGGGAUGUUUCGCCAAACCUCACAAGGGGGUCAAGGAGGUUCUCAAAGAGGGCGGAUUUGAGCGGGUCGCCCAGAUGAUCAAUCCCGAAGUUUAUAUCCCUGAUUGUCAUUUUCCAAGGGUCUUUCAUGACGAGUCGGGGAUGACCAUCUACUUCUAUUUGCGGGAUCAAGACCACCGCGCUCGAAUGGUGUGCAAGAUACCCCACCGUUCUCGACCCAGCGAGUACUUCUGUAUGCCCCUGAACAUGCUGGAGGUUGUUCGAGCAGGCUCUACGCUUCAGCUGUGCCGGAGAAGAAAUGCAGGCAAGGAAUUGGUCUUGUGGGCUCGUCUGAAGUUCACGACAAUGGAAUGUAUGGUUGUAUUUUUCUGUUCAUUUUUGGCUCUUCGCGCUCAAGAUGCUGGUCAUCCGAUCGACGACAUUCGGGAUCACGAAUUGGAUGACGAAGAGGAGCUUUUUGGCGGCCAAAUCGUUGAUGAUAGCUAUCUUCAUGCUCUACGUGUUUAUCAAGAUAAGACCUCUGGGGCUGUUCGACUACAGGCGUCUGUUCACAAGGGGACUAUGGAUCGUACUCCUGUCUGGACUGCAUUCCUCAACCGACGGGGCUGGUUGAAGGUCGUGGACACGCGAACUGUGUUAGUGCGUGAUCUAAAACUUACCAUCCUUAUGUCGACAGACGACUAUAAUCCGCCUACGACGACCCGUGGAGAACAUAUCUUGAAGUUUUCUUCUCGUAGUGAUGCUGAAGACUUCGUGGACAUAAUGGAUGAUAUAGCGGCGAAUAUUCGUUAG